AUGGCUGAACCCACCGGCCUCGUUGCCAAGUCGGGCAUUGAACUCUUGACCUUUGGCACCCCUAACGGCUUCAAAGCUUCUAUCCUGUUGGAGGAGCUGAAAGAAGCCUACGGCAAGGAGUACACCUACCAGUCCAUCAACAUCAGCAAGAACACCCAGAAGGAGCCCUGGUACACGGCGCUCAACCCCAAUGGGCGCAUCCCGACCAUCAUCGACCACGAUCGCAACGGCUUCGCCGUCUUUGAGGGGUUGGCCAUCCUGACCUACCUCACGCGCCACUAUGACCCGGAGUACAAGUUCAGCUUUCCGGUCGACUCGGACGACUACUCGGUCGCCGAGCAGUGGAUCUCCUGGCAACACGGCGGGAUAGGUCCCAUGCAAGGCCAAGCGGGACACUUCCUCCGCGCGGCUCCUGAGAAGAUCGCCUGGGGCAUCACGCGCUACGUUGGCGAGACAGAGCGGCUGUACGGCAUCCUCAACGCGCGGCUCGCCGAUCGCGACUACAUCGUUGGCCCGGGCAGGGGCAAGUACAGUAUCGCCGACAUCAGCUUGAUUGGGUGGGUCAAUGCCAGCCUGUACGCGGGCAUCGACCUCGCGUCCCAGUUCCCCAACGUGAGGGCUUGGCUCGACAGGCUACUGGCGAGGCCGGCCGUGCAGAAGGGCCUCACCGUGCCUAGCGGGCAGCCGUCGCGCUUCAGCGUCCCCACCGCCGAGAGGGCUCUGAAGGGCGAGCCGGGGCUCGAGGACGUCAAGGAUUCGUUGGAGGCGACGAAGAAGCUGGUCGCCGACGCGAAGGAGAAGUACAACUACAAAUUGUCAGAACGGAAACUGGACAAGAACGAUGAGCCCGUGGCGGCCGCGCCCGAGCCCGAAACCGAGACCGAGCCCAAGACGGAAAGCAAGCCUAGCCAACCCGAGAAACAAGCAGCCGAAACGGAACCCUCGUUCGCCGAACUUGGCCUCGACCCGCGUCUGGUGCAGGCCAUUGCAAAGCAGAACUUCGAAAAGCCCACCCUCGUCCAGCGCAAGGCCAUUCCGCUCGCCCUGAAAGGACAAGAUGUGCUGUGCAAAGCCAAGACGGGUUCCGGGAAGACGGCAGCCUACGUGCUCCCCGUUCUUUCCACCAUCUUGAAGCGCAAAGCCGUCGAUCCCACCCCCUUCACCGCCGCGCUCAUCCUCGUCCCCACCCGCGAGCUCGCCGACCAGGUCUUCAAGGCCAUCGAGCAGUUCUCGGCCUUCUGCGCCAAGGACAUCCACGCCGCCAGGCUGACCGAGAAUGUGUCCGACGCCGUCCAGCGCUCGCUCCUCGCCAACGUCCCAGACGUGGUCGUCUCCACCCCCGCCCGCGCCUGGCACAGCGUCAGCUCGUCCGCCCUCUCCCUCGCGAAGCUGCAGCACCUCGUCCUUGACGAGGCCGACCUGGUACUGUCGUACGGCUACGACGAGGACAUGGAGAACAUCUCGCGCUCGCUGCCCAAGGGCGUCCAGACCAUCAUGAUGAGCGCCACCCUGUCCGCCGAGCUGGACGCGCUCAAGGGCAUCUUCUGCCGCAACCCGACCGUGCUGGAUCUGCACGAGGAGUUCGGAGCCGAGGACGAGAAGCUGACACAGUUCUACGUCAAGUGCUCGGAGGAAGACAAGUGGCUGAUCUCGUACCUCAUCUUCAAGCUCCAGCUCAUCAAGGGCCCCUGUCUCAUCUUUGUCGCCGACAUUGAUCGCUCGUACCGGUUGAAGCUCUUCUUUGAGCAGUUUAGCAUCAGGAGCUGCGUCCUCAACUCGGAGCUGCCGAUCAAUACUCGGAUCAAGAUCAUCGAGGAAUUCAACCGGGGGAUAUACGACAUCAUUAUCGCCUCGGACGAGAAGAGCGAGCUGUUUGGAGACGAGGCUGCGGAUGCGGAAGAAGAAAAGAAGAAGAAGAAGCAGAAGCAGAAGUCGAAUUCCAAUGACGAGGCGGAGAAGAAGGACGAGGGCGCAGAGCAACCAAAGAAGAAGCGGCGGUAUAAAAAGGACGAAGAAUACGGCGUGUCUCGAGGACGCACCGCCAGGGCAGGGCGCGCCGGUAUCGCGCUCUCCUUCGUCGUUCCCAAGGAACUUCAUGGCAAGCACAAGCCAACCACCAUCAAGAGCACCGAGAAGGACGAAAAGGUCCUGGCUAAGGUCAUGCGCCAACAGGCGAAGCUCAACCGGAAACUGGAGCCGUACAACUUCAACAAGUCGCAGAUGGAGGCCUUCAGAUACCGCAUGAACGAUGCACUGCGCGCCGUCACAAAGGUGGCGAUCCGGGAGGCGAGGACGAAGGAACUACGGCAAGAGCUCCUGAGGAGCGAGGCGUUGAAGCGCUACUUCGAGGAGAACCCGACCGAGCUCGCCCACCUGAGGCACGACGGGGAACUGGGCCAUGCCACACGGCAGCAGCCACAUCUCAAGCACGUCCCAGACUACCUGCUCCCGAAGGAAGGGAAGAAGGCGUUGGCGUCGGAGCAGAUCGGCUUCGUGCCGCUCAAGAAGCUAGACGGGAAGGACAGGAGGCACCGAAAGGGCAAGCCCAAGGGCAGGUCGUUCAAGGUUGGCGGGAAAAAGGACCCGCUCAAGACGUUCAAGGUUCGGCGAAAGGCCAGGUGAAGAAGAGCUUGAGGCGAACCUUUUUUGUUUUGUUUUGUCCCAUUGGUUCCCGGUUCUUGUAUGGUACUUUUCUGAGUGGAGGCGCAUCAUUCAUACCCAGGUCCUUGAAGCA